AUGGACGACGGCGACAAUGCGCUCGAGCGCUCCGACUCGACCAUCGCCAACCGCGAUGACCCCAUACCGGUCUUCAGGAUACCUUCCCAGGAGGAAGGUCUUGAUGCGCCGUCAUCGUCCGACCCAGAGCAGAAAGCUCGAAAGAGAGACAAGUUCAAGGGCAACAUGGACAAGAUCAAGGACACCAUAGGGACGCAGUACUCAGGGCCCGUCCGGCAAGGGUUGGGAGACCGAAUGGUAGCCAGCAUGCUGUCGUACGCCAUCCCAAGCGAUGCGCUAGAAGACGACGACGACGAUGCUACAAGUACGAAGAAGAAGGACCGCCGCAGUAGGAAGUACGUCGACCGGCCGACCUUCUCUCUCCCCAUGAUGACAACCAAUUUCCGACGCUUCAACGCUCGCAUUGGUAUUGUCUUUGUGCUGGAGAACAGGCUCAUACACCUUUUCACUUGGAAGCAGCCGACCGCUACUCUAGCGUUUCUAGCUGUCUGGUCACUCCUAUCGCUCAACCCACACCUUCUACCAGUCGCGCCUCUCGUUGGACUUAUUUUCUACAUCAUGAUCCCCUCAUUCAUGGCUCGCCAUCCUGUCAGUAGGAACGACCCACGCUUGGAGCCUAGCUACACUGGUCCAGCAAUCGCUCCUGCCUCACGAGUCAAGCCAGCACCAGAUCUCAGUAAAGACUUCAUGCACAACAUGCGCGACCUGCAGAACUCAAUGGAAGACUUCUCACGCCUACACGAUGCAGCUAACGAAUACAUUACGCCUUACACGAACUUCAGCGAUGAGAAAAUCAGCUCUACGGUGUUCUUCUUCCUCUUCACGAUAUCUUGCACAGCCUUCAUCGGCAGCCAGCUCAUCCCGUGGAGAUACAUCGCCUUCCUCGCAGGCUGGACGGCGACACUGAUGGGCCAUCCCAACAUUCGACCAGUUCUGCUUUCAACCCGAAACUUGAGUCAAUUGAGAACGAGCCUCGAUGACCUCUCAGCCCUCCUAAAAUCCUGGAUCGACGCCGACAUCAUCCUCGACGAACCGCCCGAAAGACGCCAAGUCGAGAUCUUUGAACUCCAAAAGCACCACCUCUACAGCGAUACCUGGGAAUCCUGGCUCUUCAGCCCAUCUCCCUACGACCCUCUCUCACCCCUCCGCAUCGCAGGCGCCAGAGCGAAGGGGACGCAGUUCUUCGAAGAUGUCCAGCCGCCUACUGGCUGGGCGUGGAAGGACAAGAAAUGGAUGCUCGAUCUUGGCUCUCGAGAGUGGGUGGAGCAGCGCAUGAUCACUGGUGUCGAGAUUGAGACGGAGGGCGAGAGGUGGGUUUACGAUUUGCCUGUGGAUGUUGUGGAGAGCAUUGCCGCUACGCCGACGAAAGGCAAAAAGGGCAAGGAGAAGUUCGUGCCUAAGAGUGGGUGGGAGGAGGGAAAUGGGUUGGUGGAGCGUGGGGACUGGAGGCGGAGGAGGUGGGUUAGGGUCGUGGAGAGGAAGGUUGCUGAGAGGGCGGGUUCGAAGCCUGGGUAG